AUGGAUUUCCAACACCGUGCAGGUGGUAAAACAGGAGUUGGUGGAGUUGCUUCGGCAUCUGAAUCCAAUCGUGAUAGACGUGAACGUCUACGUCAAUUAGCUUUGGAAACAAUUAAUCUAGCAAAAGAUCCAUAUUUUAUGAGAAAUCAUCUUGGUAGUUAUGAAUGUAAAUUAUGUCUCACAUUACAUAAUAAUGAAGGCAGUUAUUUGGCUCAUACACAAGGGAAAAAACAUCAAGCUAAUUUAGCACGACGUGCUGCACGAGACGCAAAAGAGUUGCCAGGUUCAACGCAGCCUGCCAGACCGCAGGUUGAAGUUCGAAAAUUUAUUAAAAUUGGCCGUCCUGGCUAUAAAGUUACAAAACAACGUGAUCCAGAUACGAAACAACAAAGUCUUUUAUUUCAAAUUGAUUAUCCAGAAAUAUCGGAUAAUAUUGUCCCUAAACAUCGCUUUAUGUCAGGUUUCGAGCAAAAGAUUGAGCCACCCGAUCGGCGUUGGCAGUAUUUGUUGUUUGCUGCUGAACCGUAUGAAACAAUCGCAUUUAAAAUUCCUAGUCGUGAAGUUGAUAAAUCAGAAGGAAAAUUUUGGACACAUUUUAAUUUGGAAACUAAACAAUUUUUCCUCCAGUUUGCAUUCAAAUUAGAAUCAAAAUAUUCUAGUGAUAGUUCAUUAUCAUCAUCGGCAGCACCCCGUUAUGGGCCCAUUGGACCACCACCGCCACCAUCUAUUCCUCCUGCCGGUAGAUUACCACAUUUACCAGCACCACCAUCAUUCCACCAUUCAGAAUUCUAA